UAGCAGCAUUAUCGGGAUUUUUUGAAAAAGCUAUGAGCGAAUCAUCAAAUAAAAGUGAAGAGCCAUUAUUUGAAACCAAUAAAUCAAUAAAUCGUAGUUUGGCACUUUUCAAUUGUCAAAAAAUUGAU